GCUUGGAUGCGGGCGAUACGGGUCCUCGGUGGAACUGAAGAUCUAAAUUACCUGGGAGUCUGGGAAGGCAGGAAACCCAAGAUUUUGUUGGGGUGGGGAGGGAAUCCCAUAGAGAACUCCGCCUCCUCGGAAAACUAGGACCCUAAAGGUUUUCCCCUAACCGAACUUUUUUUUUUUUGCCCUGGAUAAACCGCCUGUCUUCUCGACAUGUACCUUCUUCUCAAAUAGCAAGUAGCAAGUUCUCCUCUUUGCAAGUAGCAAAGAGGGCGUGCGGGCAAAGAACCAGACCCCGGUUCUUUCUUGCACCCCCCACUACAGCUACCCCACCCCACACCUGGUGUAAGAAUAGGGCUGUGCACAAAUGAGGCAUUCCCUCCUAGCUCUGCUCCCUGCCCAGACUAGAGGGCAGCUGGGAGGGAGCCUCUCCGCCCUGUAGUUGUGGUGACAGCAGGCUAGGUCUGCUGCUGCUGGCCCAACACGCAGUUGAGUUUCCACCUCCGUGGAUGCUAGAGAAACUCAGGGCCAGUCUAAGCUGUGGUCGAGCAGAUAGAGCCAGCUGAACAGAUGGUGAGAACCACUGAACUCUGGGAGCUCUGAAGUCAGGAUGUGGAUGGGGAGAAAGCAAGCCUCCCUCUUCUGUUCUACUGUGUGUAGUGGGAGGGACAGUAGGGGCAUGGAGAUGGAAGGAACAGGUUUGUGGGUGGGUGGGUGAGCACGGAGGACACAAGGUAACAGGCUUCAGCAAGGAUCUGAACUGUAUUCUAAAAGCGGGUGUGGAAGCCCAUGCAAGGAAAGCAUUGGUGAGCAAGACAGCCAUCCUGCCAUCCUGCCUUCCAGCUUUAGAUUCCUGGUCCCCUGGCUUCGCUAGCACUUUGGAUGGGAAACAGAGAAUGCAAAUAGGUCAGCAUUUUCCUGCCUAUCCUAGAUGGCCAUGUGCCUCUCUGCCUCCCCCUCUGUAAAACCUUGGUGACAAUUCCUACUCAACAAGAUAUCUUCUGGCACAACCUGUUGCCCUCUUCCCACUAUAGGGGCCGCCAUUCCGCCUUCAGAAUGCCGGAGGGCCCAGAACUGCACCUCGCCAGCUGCUUUGUAAAUGAGACAUGUAAGGGGCUGGUAUUUGGCGGGUGUGUGGAGAAGUCCUCUGUCAGCCGCAACCCCGAGGUGCCCUUUGAGAGCAGUGCCUACCACAUCUCAGCCGUAGCCCGAGGCAAGGAGCUGCGCCUGAUUUUGAGCCCCCUGCCUGGUGCCCAGCCCCCUCAGAAGCCGCUGUCCCUUGUCUUCCGCUUCGGUAUGUCUGGAUCCUUCCAGCUGGCACCUGCAGAUGCAUUGCCGCCCCAUGCCCAUCUACGCUUUUACACGGCUCCACCUGCCCCCCAGCUUGCCCUCUGUUUCGUGGACAUCCGCCGUUUUGGCCACUGGGAUCCUGAGGGUGAAUGGCAGCCAGGCCGUGGACCCUGUGUCUUGCUGGAGUAUGAACGGUUCAGGCUGAAGAUCCCCCCUUUUGAGAAGGCCCGCACAGUUCUAGAGGCCCUGCAGCAGUCCCGGCCGAGCCCAGAGCUGACUCUGAGCCAGAAGAUCAAGGCCAAACUGCAGAACCCAGACCUGCUGGAACUGUGUCACUUGGUACCCAAGGAAGUGGUUCAGCUGGGGGGCAAAGGCUAUGGGCCAGAGCGUGGAGAGGAGGAUUUUGCUGCCUUUCGAGCCUGGCUGCAGUGCUAUGGCGUGCCAGGCAUGAGUUCCCUGCGAGACCGGCACGGCCGUACCAUCUGGUUCAAGGGUGAUCCUGGACCCUUGGCACCCAAAGGGGGCAGAUCCCGGAAAAAGAAGUCAAAGGAGACACAGCUGGGGGCCGAGGUCAGAAAAGAGGACCUUCCACUUUCGAGCAAGACCAUUUCCAGGACUCGGAGGGACAGGAAACACGCCCCUAAGAGUAUAGCUCAACAGUCUGAAGGGACCAGCCUCCAACAAAACCAGGAAACCGCUACAGCCCCCAAGAAAGGAAAGAGAAGGGGGCGACUAGCAGCCACAGGUCGCCACAGACCUCCGAAGAAGAGUAAGGCCGAUACCCGAUCCCAGGAGGCUGGGAAAACUUCAGCCUCAUAGAGGGAGGUCUCCUUGCUUGGCACUCCUUUCCCUGCUGCCUUGCUGUGGAUCUAGGGGUUUGUCUGAUUCCCCGGAAGCAGUAUUUGUAGGGCUGUGUGCCCUAGGCCAUCUGACUUUUCCUGUGCAGCUGUUUUUUGAAGCAGGGUCUCAUAUAUCUUAGGCUGGCCUUGAGCUGGGAUGUACCCGAGGAUGACAAUGAACUCCUGACCGAUCUUCAAGCCUUCAUUUCCAUACCAUAACUGCUGGGAUUACAGGUGUGAGCCACCUGACCCUGCUAACUGAUUUUUCUAUUGUCUUUUCAAGGGUUUCUCUAUGGAGCCCUGGCUGUCCUAGAACUUAAAUCUGUAGACCAGGCUGGCCUUGA